UCCUUCAGCGCAUCGUUUUGUUAAAGUGAAGUUCCAAAACCCUAAAACAUAAUAACCAAAAACCCUAAACACAAAAAAACCCCUCCAUUUUUGCAGCAAAAUCCCGAGCGAAAAUGGCAGAAAUCAGAGCAGAAGAACCAGCAUCAACGAUCUCGAAGACCUUCUUAAUCAAACCCAAGCUAAAAUCCAAGCCAAGAAGCCUACCCCAAACCCCAGAAUCCAAAUACUGGUCUUCUUUCAAAUCCACUAAAAUCCCCAACCUCGUCUCUUCCAUCUCUUCCCUUUCCUUUUCCCCUUCGCCGCCCCACCUUUUCGCCACCGCCUACUCCACUUCCGUUUCCCUCUUCUCCCCGCUCUCCCUCUCCGACGGCGAUGUUUCACCUUCCUCCACAAUCUCCUCCUUCUCCGACGUCGUUUCUUCUAUUGCCUUCCGUAACGACGGCCUCCUCUUAGCCGCUUCCGAUCUCUCCGGUCUCAUCCAGGUCUUCGAUGUCAAAACCCGGACCCCGCUUCGUCGCCUCCGGUCUCAUACCCGUCCGGUUCGGUUCGUUAAGUACCCGGUUCUGGAUAAGCUCCAUUUGCUAUCUGGUGGUGACGAUGCGGUCGUUAAGUUCUGGGACGUUGCUGGGGAGAGCUUGGUAUUGGACUUGAUGGGUCAUAAGGAUUACGUACGGUGCAGUGAUUGUAGUCCGGUAAGUCCUGAUUUGUUUGUUACUGGUUCUUAUGAUCAUACUGUUAAGGUUUGGGAUGUUAGGGUAGAGAAUUCGAGGUCGGUUUUGGAAGUGAAUCAUGGGAAACCAGUGGAAGAUGUGAUUUAUUUGCCUUCUGGUGGAUUGAUUGCAACUGCUGGUGGGAAUUCAGUGAAGAUAUGGGAUUUGAUUGGGGGAGGGAGAAUGGUUUAUUCAAUGGAAAGUCAUAAUAAAACUGUUACAUCGAUUUGUGUAGGAAGGGUUAGGAAGGAAAAUGAUGGGGCUGAAUCAAUGGAGGAUAGGAUUUUGAGUGUUGGUUUAGAUGGUUACAUGAAGGUUUUUGAUUUUGGUAAUAUGAAGGUUACUCAUUCGAUGCGGUUCCCUGCUCCUCUUAUGUCAGUUAGCUUUUCGCCAGAUUGUCGUACUAGAGUGAUCGGAACAUCGAACGGGAUCAUAUUUGCCGGGAGAAGGAAAGGAAAGGAGAAUGUGGAGAGUGGUAGAGUGGGGAACGUUUUGGGUUUUGAGAGUAUAUCGGAACCGGAAAGACGGGUAUUGAGGCCAACGUAUUUUAGGUACUUUCAUAGAGGGCAGAGUGAGAAGCCAACUGAAGGGGAUUAUUUAGUGAUGAGAAAUAAGAAGAUCAAGUUGGCUGAGCACGACAAGUUACUGAAGAAGUUUAGGCAUAAGGAUGCACUAGUUUCUGUUUUAAGUAGGAAGAACCGGGAGAAUGUGGUUGCCGUGAUGGAGGAAUUGGUGGCAAGGAAGAAGUUACUGAAAUGCGUAUCGAAUUUGGAUUCAGACGAGCUUGGUUUAUUGUUAACGUUUUUGAGUAAGAAUGCCACAAUGCCAAGGUAUUCUAGUUUGUUGAUGGGGUUGACGAAAAAGGUGAUUGAGAUGAGGGUUGAAGAUAUCCGAAAUUCGGACGCAUUGAAGGGUCAUAUUAGAAACCUUAAGCGGUCGAUCGAGGAAGAACUAAGGAUACAGCAUUCAUUACAGGAAAUACAGGGUAUAAUCUCUCCUUUAUUAAGGAUUGCUGGUAGAAGAUAAAUUAAUUAAAGCUUGUUUUUAUGUUAUUUUAUGGUUUUCUCCAUUACUUGCUUUUGCUUUACAUGCUUGAGAAUUUUCAUGAGGAGAGAAGCUCUUCAAUUUUGUUUAAUUAUAACUUUGCUUUACAUGCUUGAGAAAUAUCAUUAUCAGGCUCACUUGUUUCUCUCUUAA